UAAAGUCCCUUUCCUUGUAGUCUUUCCUUUCCCCUUCACCGUCUAUGACCAGCCGUCUCUCUCCUCUUCUCCUCCCAUCGUCGUCUUCUUCCUUCUUCCUUCGACAUUUCCACUUUUGCACCUCUGCUGCUGCGUUCGGUGUUCUGUCUCUCAGAUUCUUGUUGCGUUUGUUUGAGGCUUUGGAAGGCUGAGUGGUUUUGCGGUAUCGAGACUACCUUAGGAGUUAAGAAAGUCGUCAUGGUGAGUCCGAUGGAAAACGAGGAGAUUGGACCUCCGUGGUUGAAACCAAUGCUGAAGGCUGAUUACUUCAUUCCGUGUGCGUUACAUUUGGAUUCCAACAAAAGCGAAUGCAACUUGUUCUGCUUGGAUUGCAUGGGGAAUUCCUUUUGCUCUUACUGUUUGAUUCAUCACAGUAGCCAUCGAGUUCUUCAGAUUAGGCGAUCUUCGUAUCAUAACGUGGUGAGGGUGAAUGAGAUUCAGAAGUAUAUUGACAUAUCGUGCAUCCAAACGUAUGUGAUUAACAGCGCCAAGAUUGUGUUCCUGAAUGAAAGACCUCAGCCCAGACCCGGCAAGGGAGUGACCUACACUUGUGAGAUCUGUGCUCGCGGCCUUCCAGAUUCCUUUCGAUUCUGCUCUCUUGGCUGCAAGUUAAAUGGCAUGAAGAGAGGCGAUCAAGAGCUGACAUUUUCCUUAAAGUUCAAACACAAUAGGGGAGACUUGCAAGAAUGGGAUUCAGAUGAGUCCUCCACCCCAAGGAAGAUCCACAGGGCCAAUGCCUUCAGCCGGCUUUCCGAUGGGCAUACUUUCUCGGCGCACGAGAGGUUCUCAAGCUCGAGCAGCUCCGGCGACGAGGGCGGCCACAAUCUCUCCCCGGCAACCCCUCCAUUGUUCAAUCACGCGAAUUCCAGCCGGCGAAAGGGCAUCCCGCAUCGUGCGCCCUUCUAACUAUCAUAGUGCAAAUUGCAGCCUCAGACUUUGAAGAAAGGUAAUGAAAGCAUAGGUAAAUUAUUGUCCUCCAUCUUUUAGCUGAAGGGUAAGAAAAUGUAUACAUAGAUCAAUGCACACACAUACAUAUACAUACAUACAUACAUACAUACUGUGUAUAUACUUGGGUUGGGUUGCUAGUGUACAUACAUACAUACAUAUAUCUAUACACACAUCUUUGCUGAAAAAUCUAAUUAGUGUUUCUACUUUCGAAGGAAUAUGAGCUCAAUGCAGACAAAAGCUACAUAUGUUUUCUUUGGGGAUAGCAUUUUGUAGGCUUUCAGUAGUAGUUUUAAUUUAUUAUUUAUUAAUGGUAGCAGUAUUUGUUUAGUUACAUUGGACUGUGUGUCUGGAAAUCAUUUUGGGUUGCUGAAUCAUUGCAAUACGUGGGAAGGGGGAACAGAAUUGGGUCCACAGCCAUUGAUGGUUUCCUUUUUGAGAUGCUCUAAUUUAAUCAGAUUGUUUAGUAGUUUUAGUAUUUAAUUUAGAUUUUUAGUAUGUGUGAAUUGGGGAAGGGACAAAAGCUGAGCUGAGCAGAGCAGAGCAGUGCAGUGCAGUGCAGUGCAGGUGUGCGGAGGAGGAGGAGUUGGAGGAGGAGUAGAUAGAUAGACUUGGAAAGUUUUAGUAUUUUUUAACUCAUUGAUGAUAAUGAUGAUGCAGACUCUCUCUGAGUUCUCUUUCUCAUUUAUAUAUAUAUAUAUAUUUUUAA